UAGAGGUUAUCACUACAAGAUUGGCAACACUGUAACAGAUGUUUAUGUCAAUAUGGCCGAAAACGUGGAUACGUCUUCACGUGGAAGUGAUAACAUUAGUGAAACUUCAGAAAGUAAAUUGAAAAAAAUUCUUCGAAAACAGAAAAGAUGCGAAUUAAUGCUGGAAAAGAAUGAAAACGUAAAAUGUGUGAAGUUUCCUACAAGAUUUAUUUUUGUUGGAAACCAUGGUCUUAUUUGUGGAAUUGGUUGUGAAGAAUUGAUAACAGCAUUUGAACCAUUUGGUAAAAUAGAAGAUAUUAUUUUACCUCAAAAUAAAUCAUAUUCUUUUAUUGUCUAUACAAAAUCUGAAGAAGCAGAAAUGGCAAUGAGAAAUCUCCAAGGUGUAAAGUUAGAGCAUAUGAAACAACCAUUAUAUUUAUCUUUUGCAGAUAAAGUUCCAAGCAACCAGAAGCUUUUUAAGAAUGAGAAUUUUCCUCCUGGAUUAAUUCUUAUUAAAGAUUUUUUUACUGAGCAACAAGAAGAAAAAAUACUUCAGUGUAUCAAAUGGGAUGAUUCAGUGUAUGGUACAUGUAAAUAUUCAGGAUUACACAUGCUUUGUCUUUUAAGUCUUUGA